GGUUGACCCACAAACAUGCCCACACCCACCAGUCAACAUGGACAUAUAACCUUGUUACCUGCAUGGAUUUGUUCUCAUCCCCUCUCUCUUCUCUCUCUGCAGGCAUUUGGGAAUGCAAAAACUGCCCACAACAACAACUCGAGUCGCUUUGGCAAGUUCAUCCAAGUGAAUUACCAGGAGAGUGGCACUGUCCGAGGAGCCUAUGUGGAGAAGUACCUUCUGGAGAAAUCAAGACUGGUCUACCAGGAACACAAUGAACGGAACUACCAUGUGUUUUACUACCUGCUGGCAGGAGCAAGUGAGGAGGAGAGGAGCACCUUUCACCUCAAAAAGCCUGAAGAAUAUCAUUACCUCAACCAGAUGACAAAGAAAGUCCUGAGACUGCACUGGGAGAAUUACUAUGAGAGCGAAGCGGACUGCUUCACAGUGGAAGGGGAGGACCUGAAGCAUGACUUUGAGAGACUGCAGCUGGCCAUGGAGAUGGUGGGAUUCCUGCCUGCCACGCGCAAACAGAUAUUUUCUCUGUUGUCGGCCAUUCUUCACCUGGGGAACAUCCGCUACAAGAAGAAGACCUACCGAGAUGACUCCAUUGACAUCUGCAAUCCAGAAGUCCUACCUACUGUCUCAGAACUGUUAGAGGUCAAGGAGGAGAUGCUAUUUGAAGCCCUGACGACGAGGAAGACCAUGACAGUGGGAGAGAGGUUGAUCGUGCCCUACAAACUGGCUGAGGCGGGCACGGUGCGGGACUCCAUGGCCAAGUCUUUGUACAGCGCACUGUUUGACUGGAUUGUGUUCCGGAUCAACCACGCACUGCUCAACAACCGGGACUUGGAGGAGAGCGCCAAGAUCUUUUCCAUCGGAGUGCUGGACAUCUUUGGCUUUGAGGACUACGAAAACAACAGCUUUGAGCAGUUCUGCAUCAACUUCGCCAACGAGAGGCUCCAACACUACUUCAAUCAGCACAUCUUUAAGCUUGAGCAGGAGGAGUACAGGGCGGAGGGCAUCAGCUGGCACAACAUUGACUACAUCGACAACACAGGCUGCAUCAACCUCAUCAGUAAGAAGCCCACUGCGCUGCUCCACCUGCUGGAUGAGGAGUCCAACUUCCCCCAGGCCUCUAACCAGACUCUGCUGGACAAGUUCAAGCGGCAGCAUGAGGGAAACGGCUACAUUGAGUUCCCCGCCGUCAUGGAGCCCGCCUUCAUCAUCCGCCACUACGCCGGCAAGGUCAAAUACGGGGUCAAGGACUUCCGGGAGAAGAAUACGGACCAUAUGCGUCCGGACAUCGUGGCCCUACUGAAGAGCAGCAAAAACGCCUUCAUCUGUGGCCUGAUGGGCAUCGACCCCCCAGCCACCUUCCGCUGGGCUGUCCUCAGAGCCUUCUUCAGAGCCAUGGUGGCCUUCAGGGAGUCUGGGAAGAGACAUGUACACAGGAAGACUGGGCAUGAUGCCGCUGCUCCCUGUGCACUUUUGUGCAGUGUGGAUAGUUUUAGCUUUCUGCAUCACCCUGUGCAUCAGAGAAGUUUAGAGAUCCUGCAGAGGUGCAAAGAGGAGAAGCACAGUGUGGUCAGGAAGAGUCUACGAACACCGCUGUCGGACCUGCAGGGCAGCAACACGCUCAACGAGAAAUCUCCACGGGAUGGUGUGGGCUGGAAUGGGCGUGGUGGGCGUCAGAGCCGCCUGUCAUCCAGCGGGUCCAACACGGAAGAGGACGGAGGAAUUUUUGUCAACUCCACCAGCAGCAAGCUCCUGGAGAGAGCCCACGGCAUCCUCAUGAGAAACAAAAACUACAAAUCAAAGCCCAGUCUUCCAAAGCACUUGCUUGACGUCAAGUCCCUAAAGUAUCUCAGCAACCUGACGCUGCACGACCGCAUCACCAAGUCCCUCCUCCACCUCCACAAGAAGAAGAAACCACCCAGCAUCAGCGCUCAGUUCCAGGCCUCUCUCAAUAAGCUGAUGGAGACUCUGGGCCAAUCAGAGCCCUACUUUGUCAAAUGCAUCCGUUCUAAUGCAGAGAAGCUGCCCCUGCGCUUCAACGAGGGCCUGGUGCUCAGGCAGCUCCGCUACACGGGUAUGCUGGAGACCGUGCGCAUCCGCCAGUCAGGCUACAGCAUCAAGUACACCUUCCAGGAUUUCAUCCGCCACUUCCGCGUGCUGCUACCCGAGGGCACCAGUGCCACCCAGGAAGGCAUCGGACAGUAUCUGGGCCAGGUGGACCUUGCUCCCGAUGGAUACCAAGUUGGCAAAACCAUGGUGUUCCUGCGGGAGGUGGAGCGUCAGCGACUGCAGGCGUUGCUUCACAGGGAAGUCCUGAACCGUAUCGUCACUCUGCAGCGCCGCUUCAGGGCCCUGCUGGAGAGGAAACACUUCACCAGGAUGAGACUGGCUGCCACAACUAUCCAGAAAUGGUGGCGUGCCUACCAGUCCAAGCAGGAGGAUGACUACGACCCAAGCAUCCAGGAGGGGGCAGCCUUGUGCAUCCAGACAGCUUGGCGGGGGUACAAGGAGCGCUGGAGGUACGGGCUGUGGCGGGAGGCGUCCCUGCUGCUGCAGAGGGAGUGGAGGGCGUUGCUGAAGCGGCGAGAACGGGAGGGGGCGGCACUCGCCAUCCAGACAGCCUGGCGCUGCCACAUGGCCAGAGAGGCCUUCCUGCGACUGCGUGGCACCAUGACGCUGCUACAGGCAGUGGGCAAAGGCUACCUGGCCAGACAGAGCUUCGGGCAUUUGAAGGAGCAGAGACUGAGGGAGAAAGAGCAGAGGCUGAGGGAGAGAGAGAGUCAACAACAGCAGCAGCUGCUGCAGAAUGGACAGACGCGCCUCUCGCCAGAAGAAGACGAACUGCCAGUGAGGAUCAUGGGCCUGGACCUGAGCACAUGGGAGGACCGCUCAUACAAGGAGCGGGAAAGGAGCCUCCAGAGACUGAACAGCCAGGAGGAGAGGGUAAAAGAGGGACGAGGUGUAGAAAUAGGAGGUGAGGGAGGAGUGACGAGGGCCGCAGAGAGCUCGGGUAGGGCCCAGUCGGAACCACCGCCAGUUUCAUCGACAGCCGCUGUGGUGGUGAGAGAGAGGACCAGGACCCUGGACGAGCCCUGCCAGAGGACCACCAGGGCCAAGAGGGAGAGCCGGAGGAUGAGGGAGCUGGAGCAGGCCAAGUUCAGCCUGGAGCUGCUCAAGGUGCGGGCCACAGGCAGUGGUGGGGCCUCUUCCCCCUCUGAAGAGAGGCGCUGGUCGGCCGAGCUGGCCCUCACCACCACCCCUCCUCGCCGCUCCCCCCAGGGACCCGGAACCCCCGACAGCCAGAGCUCCAAGGGCAGCUUCGAGCUACUCAGCAUGGAUGACGAGAUACUCAGGGAGAGUGCACCUUUGGCAGAUGAGGAGGAGCUUGGUUCCCCCCUCUCUUCUGAAGUGCAGCUGGAGCAGGCCCCGGAGGUCAGCCUCGUGUCGAAGGAGCCUCCCAGCGUUUCUGUGUCCGAUGACGCCUCCCCACCUCCAAACAGUCAGAGUCAGGCCAAGCUAGAACCGGCUGCCGCCUCUCCACCUCCGCCCAAGAUAGAGAACUACCUCCCUACCUUUUACGUCCCGUCAACUGAUGGCAGCUUGGUCAUCACCCAUCGUCUUGGCGAUGACUCUUCGCGACCCCUCGAGGCCGAUACCACUAGUACCACCAUCGUCACCAAGCAGCUCAAGUCAAUCAAACAAAGGCGGGAAUUGUCACGGCGACCUGUGGUUGUGGUCAUCAGCAUGCAGAAGGAAACCCCCCUGGAUCAGGAGGAGCUCGGUGGUGCCGUCGUUCGUCUUCCCCCUGUAGAGGUUCGUGACGGGUCGGCACAAACCGGCGAAUCCCCUUCAUCGCCACGGCUACCAGUCCCUGCACCCGUUCCACCACUAGAUCCCGCCCCAGUCAUCCCCAUCUCUGGCCCCACCCCUGUCCCGGCUGCCAACCAGUUGGUCCUGGAGAAGCUGGAACGACUGAACGAGGAAAAGGAGGAGAGGCAGCGGCACCUGCAGCAGCAGAACGAGCGGGAGAUGAUGGACCAGAUCCGGAAGCAGAAGGAGGUUCUGGAGAGACAGCGGCACCACUUCGCCCAGCACGAGAGAGAACUGUUGGAGAAGCAGAGGGGUGAGGCCCUGGUCAGGAUUCAGCAGAGCCGGCAGGGAGGGCCCCCCCAAGACAGGAGUGCAACCGCAGCUACAUCUACCAGGCCCCUUAGACCCAGCUCCCUUCUCAUCGAGAGAGCCCCGGCUCUUGCUCCACCCUCCAGGACCCAGUCUGUGUCCGCUGCCCAUGCAUACCUCUCUCCUCCUGGGCCGAUGGAUACCCAGAGUGUCCCCAUGCCCCAUCCUGAGACCAACAAGGCCCAGCCCAACAAGGCCCAACCCAACCAGGCCCGGCUCCCUCCACCUCCCUCAGCCCCCAAAACAAAGACCAGGGAUGGGAGACCCAUUGCGGAUGGCUGGGCGCCAAAUUUGACCCUGGAGUCCAGAGAGGUUGGGGAGGAGGAGCCAGAGGGAGGGUUCCCAAGAAGGCCCCAGCUAAUCAGGGCACCAGCAUCAGCAUGGUUUGACAAGGAGAAGCCUGUCAAUCAAGAGAAGCCUGUAGCAGUCCCAAAAGAGGGCCCCUCCUCAAGCACCAAGCCCACCAUAGGACUGAAAACACAGGAGGUCAGCAGGGCGGGCCACAGAAAGAAAGCCCGCAUGGCUCGGACACGCUCUGACUUUCUGACCCGCACGCCGACCUCCUCGCUGGGGGACGAGUCGGAGGAGGACGAGUACGACGGAAAGCCCCCCCUCUCCUCCCCUCCCCCCUACUCCCCAACCAUCCCUAAACAGGAUUCCUUUGAGUGUUUCAGUGACUCAGAGAUGCCUUCCACCAGCUCUGAGGAACAGAAGAAGAUGCAUAAGGCCAUGUCAUCGGGAGAUCUGGCCAAAGUUGACACGAUACGCAAGAACGCCCAGUCAGAUGGAAGUCCCCCCACCAGGGUUCGUGGUAAGAUGCGUUUCUGGGGCAAGACAAAGCAGGGUGAGAAGAAGUCGUCCAGAGAGAAGCUGUUCUGUGGAGGUGACUCCAUGGAUGCAGAUGACGGAGACACGGGGCCACUGCUAGGAGAAGCAGGACAGGAUUACAUGUCACCGCCUCGUAGUCCAGACCUGACCCUGGAGCGGGGGGCCAAGGAGUUCAAGGAGAACAAGGAGCCCUCGCCAAAAGUGAAGAGGCGGCGUAGCGUCAAGAUUAGCAGUGUUGCCCUAGAGCCUGCCCAGUGGGGGAACGAUGCACUGCAGAUCCUCACCUGCACCAACGACUACAGGAGCAUGAACGACUUCCUCAUGAAGAAGAUCAGUGACCUGGUGGCUGAGGACGGCGGUAAGAAAGACACAAUGGUGGACGUGGUGUUUAAAAAGGCCUUGAAGGAGUUCCGCCUCAACAUCUUCAACUCCUACUCUACUGCUCUAGCGAUGGAUGAUGGGAAGAGUAUCCGCUAUAAGGACCUGUACGCCCUGUUCGAGCAGAUCCUGGAGAAGACCAUGCGCCUGGAGCAGAGGGACUGGAGCGAGUCGCCCGUCAAGGUCUGGGUCAACACCUUCAAGAUCUUUCUGGAUGAGUUCAUGACCGAGUACAAGCCCAUGGACAGCACCAUCAGCAAGGUCCCCAAAACCGAGCGAAAGAAGAGGAGGAAAAAGGAUGCCGACAUUGUGGAGGAACACAAUGGCCACAUCUUCAAGGCCACCCAGUACAGUAUCCCCACCUACUGCGAGUACUGCUCCUCUCUCAUCUGGAUGAUGGACAGGGCCUGCGUCUGCAAAUUGUGUCGCUACGCCUGCCACAGAAAGUGCUGCCUGAAGUUGACCACCAAAUGCAGCAAAAAGUACGACCCAGAGCUGUCGUCCAGGCAGUUUGGGGUGGAGGUGUCCCGUCUGACCAACGAGGAGAGGACAGUGCCUCUGGUGGUGGAGAAGCUCAUCAACUACAUUGAGAUGCACGGCCUCUACACCGAGGGCAUCUACAGGAAGUCUGGCUCCACCAAUAAGAUCAAAGAGCUCAAGCAGGGACUGGACACAGACGUGAACAACAUGAACCUGGAUGACUACAACAUCCACGUUAUCGCUAGUGUCUUCAAGCAGUGGCUCCGGGACUUACCCAAUCCGCUGAUGACCUUUGAACUAUACGAGGAGUUCCUCCGCGCCAUGUGCCUGCAGGACAAGAAGGAGGUGAUUCGAGGGGUCUACUCUAUUAUCGACCAGCUCAGUAGAACUCACCUCAACACUCUGGAACGGCUCUUCUUCCACCUAGUUAGGAUCGCAGGGCAGGAGGACACCAACCGUAUGUCGGCCAACGCCAUAGCCAUCGUCUUCGCCCCCUGCAUCCUCCGCUGCCCCGACACCAUCGACCCCCUGCAGAGUGUCCAGGACAUCGGCAAGACCACAGCGUGUGUGGAGCUCAUCAUCGGAGAGCAGAUGAAUAAGUACUGCGCCCGGCUAAAGGACAUCAACAGUCUGGAGUUUGCCGAGAACAAAGCCAAGUGCAGAUUGACCCUCAUUCGGCGAUCAAUGAAACCUGUACUAAUUGCUGUUAGAUUUAUGACCAUGUCUCGCAGUACUGUCCCGCCAAACGCAGGCAAAAAGGGCAAGGGCCACGUACGGCGGUUCAGCUACCACACGCCCUCGCCCCCGGUUAGCCCACGCCUGCCGUCCGUGACGGCUGCAGUGAUGCAGGAGAGCGGCGGUGAGGAGGUGGGGGCGGGGAAGGAGCCUGAGGUAUCGGAGCACCAGCAGUUGGCCAUGCAGCAGGAGGAGAGGGUGCUGACGGAGCAGAUCGAGAGCCUGCAGAAAGAGAAGGAGGAGCUAACCUUUGAGAUGCUGACUUUGGAGCAGCGAGCAUCAGACGAUGAGACCCUGGAGUCGGAGGCGUCCAUCGGCACGGCCGACAGCUCUGAGAACCUCAACGUGGACUCUGAAGGAGCCACCUCCGACUUCUCCGGUCCCUCAGAGAGAGAACCCACGCUGACCCCCGUCGCUCGAACCAAGAGGUCAGAGGGGAAGAGCCACCGACGCCGCAACCUACGCAGGCAACCAGACUCCCAGGACUCAGUGGACUCCUGUUCUACCAUCUCCUCCCUCUCUUCCUCCUCCCACUUCCACCCGUCCUCUUCCUCCUCUGUGGCCACAGCUCGCCACUUUCGCUACCGCUCAAAGUCGCCCUCUUCUGGCUCUGGCUCUGGCUCUGCCCAGGGCUUGUACCUGCCCCAGCCUCCCCACCGCGACAUCUUGGACUGUCCCCCCCCGGCCAAACAGGAGGGGGCAUUCGAAGAGAGGUCACAGUUCACCAGCCGAGGCACCUUCAACCCGGAAAAGGGCAAACAGAAACUGAAAGGAUCCAAGAACUCACCCUUGAGGCACUCCCAUGACAGUGGGGGCCGCAGCAGGGAUCCGCCUGACUUACCCCAGCAGCGGGUUUUGUAUGGCAGCAAUGAGUUCAUGGUAUGAAGGACAGUGGGAACACCUCCUUCGUCACAGCCCACUCUCCCUAAGAGCAUGCGAUCUGACCCCCUUCCUCAAACACUCCAGCUCACCCUUUCUCAGUCCACAUCCGCAAUGAUGCAGAACUGUCCCCCCAAGUGCCAUGUACACACUGUGUGUCCACCUCAAAGAGACAGGAGAGGAGGAACCAGUAGAAGGUUGAUCUCCUGUGGCCUUAACUGCCAACCGCACUCCCCAUGGUCCCUCUGCAGGUCUGGGCCUCCCUCAGCCCAGGGGAGAGGAGACGUGUGGAGCAGGAAGGCAGAGAAAAGGGAAUGCUGGGACACUGGGAGAGGACUACUCAGCAUCCGGGAGAUCUCCCGAGCUGACGUCCCAAUGCAAACUAGGAGGUGGAACGAGGCUAGAAGAUGGGAAGAAAAAAAUAAUUAAAAACCUACCGAGCCAUUGACUGUGCCGCCGUGUCCAUGAACUUGAGAUCUCAAUCAUUGGCUGCUUUAAAGUUUACAGUUAAAAACAAUCAAUGUAAGCAGUGGUUCCUCUAUUAUUACAAAUGUAUUUUUCCCUUAAGCCUAUUUAAUAAAUUUUUAAUUUCAUGGAAAGUAUAAAUCUAUAUAACUAUAUUAUAAAGGUAUAAAUACUGUACAAAGCCGGAACACCAGUAACUGCUGGGUAGUUGAAGUCAAAUAUUUAUCUUUUUCUUGAGUAUCUUGGGCAGAGAUGUAUGGUAUUGGACAAAGGCUGUGUACGUGUGCGUGUUUGAGUGUUAAAGUGUGUGUGUGUGUGUGUGUGUGUGUGUGUGUGUGUGUGUGUGUGUGUGUGUGUGUGUGUGUGAGAGAAGACCACUUCAUGUGUUUUUAUGUUUGUGCUGCUUCGUUCCUCUCCUGAGGGAACUACGGCCAUGAAAGGGACCAAGUUAGCUGGUGUGUAUUCUAGCCAAGGGGAUCCCAGCUCUGUAAAGAAUGUUGGAUGUGUAGAAAAUCACUGCAUUCACAGCUUAACAGCCAUACAACAAUUAGAAUGUACAGUACAAUAUGUAUUGGACAAAUACCAUUCUCCUUGCUCUGGAUACAUGUUACCCCCAAAUACUUGUCUUCCUGAGAUAUCAGUGUUGGACUCAAUAGCAACCAAACAAGGACAUGCA